AUGGGGGGGUGGGGCACACUGAGACUGACAGACUAGUCGGUUCCCUCAGCGUCUGGUGUCUGAGAAUGCGUUUGUCCAAAGCCCUGGCAGACAUGGAGAUGGCAGACUACAGCGAGGCCCUGGACCCGGCGUACACAACGCUGGAGUUCGAAAACAUGCAAGUGCUCGCUAUGGGCACAGACUCCUCGCCCGCGGAAAGUGCCAACAUGAACUCGGGCAACCCCCUGGGGGCGGGCACCCUGUGUGCCAUUUGUGGAGACCGGGCCACAGGGAAGCACUAUGGGGCGUCCAGCUGUGACGGCUGCAAGGGCUUCUUCCGACGCAGUGUUCGUAAAAACCAUAUGUAUUCCUGCAGGUUCAACAGGCAGUGUAUAGUGGACAAAGACAAGAGGAAUCAGUGUCGAUACUGUAGACUGAAGAAGUGCUUUAGAGCAGGCAUGAAAAAAGAAGCUGUUCAGAAUGAGAGAGACAGAAUCAGCACCAGGAGGUCCAGUUACGAGGACAGCAGCUUACCCUCCAUUAAUGCACUCAUCCAGGCAGAUGUUCUGUCCAGACAGAUCUCCUCUCCCAUUCCUGUCAUGAAUGGUGACAUAAGAGCGAAGAAAAUCGCCAACAUAACAGACGUUUGUGAGUCCAUGAAGCAGCAGCUGCUGGUCCUGGUGGAGUGGGCCAAGUACAUCCCUGCAUUCUGUGACCUUGCUCUGGAUGACCAGGUGGCCCUACUGCGAGCUCAUGCUGGUGAGCACCUUCUCCUGGGAGCUGCUAAACGGUCUAUGCUCUAUAAAGACAUCUUGCUAUUAGGAAAUGACCACAUAAUUCCUCGUAACUGUCCCGAGCUGGAGGUGAGCCGCGUAGCUGUGCGGAUUCUGGAUGAGCUGGUGCUGCCCUUUCAGGAACUUCAGAUAGAUGACAAUGAAUAUGCCUGCUUGAAAGCCAUUGUUUUCUUUGACCCAGAUGCCAAAGGUCUGAGUGACCCUGGCAAGAUCAAACGCAUGCGCUACCAGGUGCAGGUCAGCCUGGAGGACUACAUCAAUGACCGACAGUAUGACUCACGGGGACGCUUCGGUGAGCUGCUGCUGCUGCUGCCCACCCUGCAGAGCAUCACCUGGCAGAUGAUUGAGCAGAUCCAGUUCGUCAAGCUGUUUGGCAUGGCCAAGAUUGACAACCUGCUGCAGGAGAUGCUGCUGGGAGGCUCUGCCAACGAGACUCCUCAUGCACCUCAUACUUUGCACCCACAUCUGGUCCAGGAGCACCUGAGCAACAAUGUGAUUGUGGCCAGCAACAUGCCAACUCCAAUCCACAACGGCCAGAUGUCCACUCCCGAAACCCCAAUCCCUUCACCUCCAGCAUCCUCCAGUUCUGAACACUACAAGCUGGCCCAGGGUGUCAUCGCCACCGUCCCCAAACAACCCAGUGCCAUCCCUCAACCCACCAUCACAAAGCAGGAGGCCAUCUAACACCAGUCCUGCCUACAUCACAACUUAACAUUAUGUCUAAUUUAAUCUACUGCUAUAUUUUUAUUCUUAAACAUAGCCACAGUAGGGUGCUGUGCAAGUCAGGCAAGAUAUAUAGUUAUUGUACAGAUGCUAAAAGGGUAAGAGAAAAAAGUAAAGCCAGAAUAGAUGUAUUUAUGUGUUAUCACUGCAACUUAGAGAUAGAGACCUCGUUCAGAUUUGCAGGAGCUAGAUUUUUCCCAUUUAUUAGAACAUUAUGGUUGGGUGUAUGGUCAUCAGCUAAUUUGUGAUCUGAUUCUGAAACAUGUGAUGACAGAAAAAUGAACAGAAAUCAAACAGCAGCAAAUGUGAUACUUGGCCUUGCCUAGUUUUAAAGAGAUGGCUGUGUACUGUAAUUGUCCCUCAAAGAUGAUGAGGACAUCGGGUGAAGCCAUUGAAACUAUGAAUAUGUUAUGUUUUCAUUGCUGUAUAUCACUCAGGAGUGUACAAUAUGUGACAGUAAAUUCUAUACAAGACAAGGUUAUCAGCUUAUAUACCUGACCUCAUUCAUGAGCAAUGUGACACAUAUUGUUUUUGUUAAUUACCUUAUAUAUUUUAGUCACUGUUUAUGGGACUCACAUAUAUACUGUAUACAUACUGUAUCUUGUUUAAUCAUAUACAAAAUCUAAGAAUGUUACAACUAGAAGUGCAUCUGAGGCAUUUUGUUUGUGUUAUUACACAGUAUUUUUAGUUUUUUUAAUUCACAUGAUAGGCUAUGAAGUCAGAUUGAUUGAAUUUUGCAGUAUUUGUAAAAUAUGUUGCUUCUGUAUAAGACAUACCAUGCAUUACAAAUGUCCUGGUGUUUUGAAGUCCUGUGGGUAGCUCUUCAGCUAUGAUGAUGCAGAUCAACACUUUUUUACCCCUCCCUAUAUGCGUGAAUUGCUCUGACUUAAAAUUCAAACAUCGAUUCUCUUCUAGAGAUUUUACAAAAAUAUUUCACUCAGAA